AUGACCAUCCCAGACCCCAUCCCAAUCACCAUAUUGACCGGCUUCCUCGGCUCCGGCAAAACCACCUUACUGCUGAACCUAAUCCCCCAACUCCCAGCAUCCUACCGCCUAGCGCUCCUCAAAAACGAAUUCGGCGACGUCGCCAUCGACUCGCAACUAGCCUCGGAGCAAUCCAUAUCGGGCGUCCGCGAGCUCCUCAACGGCUGCAUCUGCUGCAACCUCGUCGGCCAGCUCGGCGAUGCACUCACGCAACUCCGCGACCAAGUCCGGCCGGACAGAAUCAUCAUCGAGACGAGCGGGAGCGCGUUCCCGGCCACACUGGCCAUGGAAGUCAACCGGCUCAGCAGCAGUAUUACAGAAGGCGGAAGCUUCGUGUUAGAUGGAGUCAUUAGCGUGAUUGACGUCGAGAACUGGGAGGGAUACGAGGAUACCAGCUACACGGCCAAGAUGCAGGCGCGGUAUACGGAUUUGGUGAUCUUUAACAAGUGCGAGUUGGUCUCGGAGCAGAGGUUUGAUAUCUGUUUGGACCGGCUGGGGGAUUUGGAACUGGAUCCGCCGACGCCGUGGGUUAAGUCGGAUAGGGGCAGGGUUGAUAAGGAUGUGUUGUUGGGUAUUGAUGGUGCUUUGUUGGCUAAGCAGGGUGCAUCACUAUCGAGCCAUGAGCAUGGCCAUACCCAUGAAAGCCACCAAUCUGAAGUCGAGGUUCUCUCAGUAACAUUGAAACGGCCCGAAAACAACUCCUCCUCAUUCAUCGACCUCGCCAAAUUCAACCAUCUUCUCAAGACCUCAUCAAAGGAAGAAGUCUACCGCAUCAAAGGCACAAUCCGCACCUCCCCCGACCAGAAACCGCUCGACUCAGAUCCGACGUUUUCUUCUUCUUCCAACAAUAAUAACACGAGCACGGACACAUAUAUCCUGAAUUGGGCUUUUGGUCGUUGGACUUUUACGCCUAUUUCUUCUUCAUUGUCAAAUAAUGCUGACGUUGAUCUUGCUCGGUUGACUUUUAUCCUGGCUCGGUAUGAGUCUGGGAAAUGGAAGAAGAAGCUUGAAACGGGCAGUUUUGUUGCUGCCGACGACUCGAGCGGUGAACUAAACGUGGAGAAGCUGCUCUAA